AGCGUCCGGUGCGGUCACCGGACAAUAGCCUGCGUGUGCCUGCGUGUGCACUGCACCAGAGGCUACAAGCUGCAGGAGUUGUCAUGUUAUCCAUAAUUGUUCCCAAUUGUCUGAUAAUUAAUCACUUGCAAGACGAAUACGUGUAUUGAUGUAUACCCCUGUCUGGGGUAGGUCAGUGUGUGUGAAAGAGAGAUGCAACCAUUCUGAUAUUAAGGUAAUGUCACAAAUGGCCUUGAACAAUAAUAAUAAGUGUACACCAACAAUACAACAAGUGACCAGUGAACUCGUCCUUGAAAAAAAAAUGCAACUCAUGCAACUUGUUGUGUUGUCAGCAGACAUUGAAACUGGCAGUGUUUAAACAUCGCAGGUCUUGAAUGCAUCCCAAACUCAAUCCAACCUCUCUUGUUUGGUUGAAUUGUGAUUGGUUGAGUUCAUAGGCUGUCUUCCGGUAUGAGGUCCUAGUAAUAGCUGCGAAUCAACAGAACAUUCUAAACUGCCUUUCAAUAAGAAAUAUUUGUCUAAAAUGCCGAAAAUGCAGUGCUGACCAAGAGAGCACAAUGGACAAGAUGAAGACAUCUCUUUUGGCAAGAAGCUAGUUGAUGCUGAGACACAAUGGACAAUGGUAGACAGGGCCUUGUCUCACGGCCCCAACGGAUUAGUGAAUCCUCCAAGGCGUACCGCUGCGUCGAGCAGACAGGCGUGAUUCUGCAGGGUCUGAACGAUCAGCGAGAGAGCGGCCAGCUCUGUGACGUGGUGCUGCUGGCCGACGAGGAGCGCGUCCCGGCCCACCGGGCUGUGCUGGCCGUGGCCAGUCCUUACUUCCACGCCAUGUUCACCCUGGCCAUGAGGGAGGAGCACCAGGCCGAGGUGGAGCUUGUGGGCGCCUCGGACAUCGGCCUCAAGGCCGUGGUCGACUUCCUGUACAGCGGAGAGCUGCUAUUGGACGGCGGCAAUAUCGAUUACGUCCUGGAGACGGCUCAUCUGCUACAGGUGUGGCGUGUGGUGGACUUCUGCUGCCAGUAUUUGGAGCAGGAAGUGAGUGAGGACAACUUCCUGUACCUCCAGCAGCUGGCCCAGCUGUACAGCAUGCAGCGCCUCGACCUCUACAUCGACCACUUCGUCCUCCAGCGCUUCGCCACCCUCUCCUUUACCCCACACUUCCUGCGGGACCUUCCUGUCCACAAGCUGACGGUCUACCUGGCCAGCGAGCAGGUGCAGCACGACAGUGAGCAGGCGCUGCUCCAGGCUGCCCUCCAGUGGCUGAGCCAGACUCCCGCACGCCACGCCCACGCUCGCCACCUGCUCUCCCACAUCCGCUUCCCGCUGAUGCCCACGGCUGAGCUGACGGAGCGCGUGCUGCCCGCCCUGCAGGCCCUCCUGCCCGCAGAGGCCGGGUGCCAGGCCCUGGUGGAUGAGGCUCGGAGCUACCACGCCCGGCCCAGCGCCCAGCCCCUCCUCCAGACGGCCCGCACCGCUCUGAGGGGCGGCGUGGAGCGCCUCCUGCUGGUCGGGGGGGAGGUUUCGGAGCGCGGCGAGGAACUGAGCGCAGACGUGUGCUGGUUGGACGGAGAGGCUGGGGGGUGGGGGGUGGAAACCCAGCUGCCGGCCCAGAGAAGCCACCACUGCCUGGCCGUGCUGGGGGGGUUCAUCUACACUGUGGGGGGGAGCUCGUCUCGGGACAACGGAGGGGACGCCGCCUGUAACCUGCUGUACCGCUAUAAUCCCUGUGACAACCAGUGGACCAAAAGUGCUUCCAUGAACCAGAGUCGUGUGGACUUCUUCCUGGACGCAGUCGGGGAUUGCCUGGUGGCUGUUGGGGGGAGGAACGACAGUGGAGCUCUCUCCUCUGUGGAGGUGUACCACCCUGCUCAGGACUGCUGGAGCUACGUAGCCAGCCUGCCCAGGUUCACCUACGGCCAUGCUGGCACCGUGCACCAAGGCAUGGUCUACAUAUCUGGUGGUCACGACUACCAGAUCGGCCCGUAUCGUCGAGAGGUCCUGAGCUACGACCCUGUAGGAGGCGGUGACACGUGGACAGAACGUCCUCCCAUGGCCUCGGCGAGGGGCUGGCACUGCAUGGCCUCCCUGCACCACCUCAUCUACGCCAUCGGGGGGAGCAACGACCACGAGGAGAGCGCCGAGCGCUUCGACAUCCUGGCGGUGGAGGCGUUUGACCCCCGUAGCGAGCAGUGGACGCGCGUGGCACCGCUGCUGAGGCCCAACAGCGAGGCGGGGGUGGGGGUGUGGAGGGGGCGGAUCUACGUCCUGGGGGGGUACAGCUGGGAGAACGCCUUGUUCUCCAGGUCCACGCAGGUGUUCCAACCGGAGAAGGGCCAGUGGGAGCCGGGGCCGGACCUGCCCAAACGCGUUGCAGGGGCGUCUGCUUGCGUGUGUACUGUGAAGCCCCCGCCCGCAGGAACGCCCGACAGGACAAAGACGGGACAGAAGGUCAAAGGUCGACGGCUUCCCACCUAGGAGAUGACACUGGAAGAAGAAAGCCUUGGAAAGGUUGCAAAUGUGCACAGUCCUGUGUGAUGUGUAAUGAUCAACAUCCAAAGGUCAGAACACACACCUUAAACUCUGGACACAAGUAUUGUCAUGUCAUGGUCAAUGAAAGCACAAUGUAUACAUGGGAAUAUUUACCAUAUGGUGUUAUCAUUUAGUAUUUUACUACUCUGUUACUGGAAGAACAUGCAGACUCUAGGCCACAGGUCUGGAAUGGCCACACCUGCCAGUGAAGAACAUAACCUGGUUCUGGUUCUAUGGACAGAACGUCCCCUUCUUUCCAAGAACCUUCCAGUGAAAUCUCAUAGUAGGUUCUGUACUGGACGUGUGUGUGUGUGUACUAAUUCUGUCACUCUGAUUCUGAACAUGCUGAUUGUCGGAAGCGUUUCAUGUUGGGUCUUUGGACAGGUGUGUGGUUAGGUAUCUUCACAUGCCACAUCUCCUUAAGCACAAGUGUUCUGUACUGGUCUACUUCCAUCAGCGGUGUUGGUGAGACCCUUCCAAUAGGCCUGGUCUGUCUGCUUCACAACUACUAUUAGUAUAACCUGUUACACAAUGCCAAAUAUAAUUGCUUUAUAACACUGAAUUUGCGUUAGAAUUAUUUGUAUUAUCUAGUCAUCGACAUGCAAGACUUAUUUUCAGAAUUAUGCCUUUCUCCUUUAUUGCUAAAAUGUGUGUAUCGCAUUCAUGUCAUUUCAAACAUCACACAAAAUUAGCAAUAUUAACAAAAUAUAAUAAAACCUUUCAUCUAAAGGUUUUUCCAUGUUGGGAUCCCUCUCGUACUCAGAACACAGAAUCCUCCCAUCUGGGGUGGAAGUCAUUCAGUGAUUGAAUGUAUGAGCAGAAUACUUCGUCAUGGUGUUAUGUCAUGCUAUAGCUGUUUUCCCAGGUAUUUAACAGAAUCCCACCACUGCAACAUCAAAAAACUCAGAAGCUUCAGCAAACAAAAUCCUAUA